CCACCUAUUUAUACAAAAUUCGACACAACACUAAACAGAUGUAAGAAAAAACAAAAAAAAAGUCUCUAAGCCAUGGGAAGUAUCGUGGAGCCAUGGGCGAUCGCCGAGAACGGGAACACGACCGCAAAAGGGUCGAGCAGGGAGCUGCGACAUGGCAGAACGGCACACAACAUGUCUUCAUCGUCUCUAAGGAAGAAAUCAGACUUGAGACUGAUCCAGAAGAUCCCAUGCAAAACACUCAAGAACGUUCUCUCCAAUCUCCAAGAAGUUAUUCUUGGUACUAAGCUCACUGUCUUGUUUCUCGCCAUCCCUCUCGCCAUUCUCGCCAACUCUUACCACUACGGUCGUCCUUUGAUAUUUGGACUGAGCUUAAUUGGGUUGACACCUCUAGCUGAGCGGGUUAGCUUUUUGACAGAGCAACUAGCUUUCUACACAGGUCCAACGGUUGGGGGUUUGUUAAACGCGACUUGUGGAAACGCGACGGAGCUGAUAAUCGCGAUACUAGCGUUGGCCAAUAACAAAGUAGCAGUGGUGAAAUACUCUCUAUUGGGUUCUAUUCUCUCAAACCUUCUCUUGGUUCUCGGCACUUCCCUCUUCUGUGGCGGUAUUGCCAAUAUCCGCCGCGAGCAGCGGUUCGACCGGAAACAAGCGGACGUGAACUUCUUCUUGCUGCUUAUGGGACUGUUGUGUCAUCUGCUACCGUUGUUGCUCAAAUAUGCAGCGACCGGAGAAGUAUCGACCUCUCAGAUUAGCAAAAUGUCGCUUAAUCUGUCGCGGACAAGCAGCAUCGUUAUGCUUAUUGCUUACAUUGCUUACCUCAUCUUCCAGCUCUGGACUCACCGCCAAUUGUUUGAGGCACAAGAGGAUGAUAUUGAUGAUGCGUAUGAUGAUGAGGUGACUGUUGAAGAAACUCCAGUGAUAGGAUUUUGGAGCGGAUUUGCUUGGCUUGUUGGGAUGACACUUGUCAUCGCAUUGCUGUCGGAGUAUGUUGUGGCUACUAUAGAGGAAGCAUCAGACUCAUGGGGACUAUCAGUUGGUUUCAUAAGCAUCAUAUUGCUUCCUAUUGUUGGAAACGCGGCUGAGCACGCAGGAGCCAUCAUUUUCGCAUUCAAGAACAAGCUUGACAUAUCUCUUGGUGUAGCAUUGGGCUCUGCAACUCAGAUUUCUUUGUUCGUGGUGCCGUUGAGUGUCAUAGUUGCGUGGAUCAUGGGAAUAAAAAUGGAUCUCAACUUCAACUUACUUGAAACAAGCUCUCUAGCCUUGGCCAUUAUCAUCACAGCCUUCACUUUACAGGAUGGAACUUCUCAUUACAUGAAGGGACUGGUUCUGUUGUUGUGCUAUGUCAUUAUCGCUGCAUGUUUCUUCGUUGACCAAAUCCCCCAGAAACAACUAAUUGGAACUAUUGUGGGGCUUCAACCCAAGAACAAUCCGGGAAGUGGAUUUUUCUCAGCUUAAAAAUGAAGACUAUGUAAUAUCAUCAAAUGACUUGAAAACCAAAAACAAAUACAUGUAAGGGUAGAGAUGAGGUUGAAUGAUUCGUCAGAGACUUGUGUGAGAGAUUCCUCAGCCUGAAAAUGAUGUGAGGAAGCUUCAUGAAGAUAGGUUUCUGUUUCUGAUGUUACAAAUCACAUUUCUGUUGCUUAAUGCUUCUGUUUGUUGGCAUCUUAUGUAAUAUCAUAUGGUUUUUUUUAGUGAGAUUUAAAGUUAUAGUUUAUACA